AUGUCUGGAUUGGUGGUGAACGAAGCAAGUGCUCCAGCAUCUCCAUCAACACCACCUGUUGUUGGGAACUUGGCGGGUGCGAAUGGAGGAAGUUUGUUGAAACGUCCGCGUGGUCGUCCACCCGGUUCGAUAACAAAACCAAAACCUGUUGGUGAAGGAAGUGCUGUCAAGCGUAAGCGGGGAAAGAAAAUCCCUAUUGAUAACCUUACGGUACAGUGUGCAACUUGUUUCAAAUGGAGGGUCGUUCCCUCGAUGGAGAUCUAUGAAGAUAUCAGGACACAUUUGGAGGAAGAACCUUUCUUCUGCGAUGUAGCAUGUCAAUGGAAACCAGGAAUGUCGUGUGAGGUUCCUGCCGAUAUAUCGAUGGAAGGUACAAAACUUAUCUGGGCUCUUGAGAGCCAUUUGAUCCCUCGCCCACACGCUGGAUGGAGGCGUCUGACGCAUAUCAGAAGCGAAGGAGGACUACGUUUCGCUGAUAUCUAUUAUAUCACUCCUUCAGGACAGAAGCUUCGAUCAAGAAAGGAGGUCAAAAGGUACUUGAAAGAAAACCCACAAUACAUAAUAGAAGGGAUGAAGAUUAAGGCACAGGUUAAGAAACAUUUCUCGUUCAAAAUCCCGAAACCACUGCAAACGGACUAUGUGAGGAAGCGCCCAGCUCGAAAAAUGAAUCCAAAUGGUAAUUCAAACGCCAUCGUAGCUGCUGGAGAAGCAGGUCCAUCAAGAUCUCUAAAUACAUGCUUAGCCAUACAGAUUUACCACCCACCUGAGGAGUCUCAACUCCAUGAAUCUGCAUCGAGAUCUCCAGAUGAACGCUUAGCAUUGGUAAUAUACCAGCCGCCUGAGGAGCUCAACUCCAUGAAUCGGCAUCAAGAUCUCCAGAUGAACAAUGCUUAG